AUGACGUUCAAUGUGCAAACGCGCGUGGACUACCAUUUCACGACGUGGACCGUAUGGAUCAGACGGUUUCUGGGGACAUCGAAAUGUACAACAAUCGGCCCCGCUACGAGGCGUUCAUGUCCGACAUGGAUGGCUGGAAAUCCCUGCAUGGAGAUGUAUUUAGGCGCCCCUCAAACCCGCUUGUGCUCAGCGUGCUGGUUGGCGUGGGCGUCCAUUUCAUCGCCACACUGGCCUUGGCUUUCGGUAAGACACGUCACCUUUGAUGCCGACAUAGUUUUGCUUUUCUUUGGGCUUGCUUCGGCCACACAAGACCAUUCUUUGGCGUAUGUGUUUUUGAUUGGCUACCUGUUUCUGUCCUCCGUGUCGGGAUACGUGUCAUCCAGGUUUUUCAAGCUUCUCGGGGGCCGGUCCAGCAUCAAGUUAUUCAUUUCCUCUGUUCUUUUCUGCCCCUUGACGGUGUGCAUGAUAUUCACGCUGUUUUCUCUGUUUUUGUCGUCGUCUUUUGUGUCGCUCAGCUCUGCAUUCUAUUUUGUAUUUAUUUUAUCGCUCUUUUGUGUUCCUUUGCACGGAAUCGGGGCAUACUUUGGCGUCAAGGCUCCAAAGCUUGAUGUUCCCGUGCCCACGAUGGAGAUUCCACGGCCCAUUCCUCGCCCCUCCGGAUACAAAGUGUUCAGGCCGCUGUAUUUGGCAAUCAUUUCUGGGUUGUUUCCAGUUGCUGCCCUUUGGCUUGUCGUCAGGCUGCUGAAUUUGGAAUUCUGGAUCCGUCAAGCGUAUUCGACCCUUGCUUUUGUCUCGCUGGCGACGACCGUCUUUUUCGUGACUGUAGCCGAAGUAUCGAUCAUUUCGACAUACAUACAGCUGUGCAAGGAGGACUACCGCUGGUGGUGGAACUCAUUUUUGAGUGCCGGUGCCACCGGUGUGUAUACGCUUCUGCUGUCAUCGGCGAAGCAUUUACACUUCAUGUACAACCAUGGAAUCACCUCGACCAAAAUGGUCUAUUUCUGCUGGUGCUUUAUGCUCUCGCUUGGGGUUUCCAUCGUUUCGGGUAUGUGUAUCUGGUUGGCUUAUUUUCGCAAAUAG